ACCACACACACACACACACACACACCCACCCACUCUCUCUUCCACUCGACUGCACACACAAAUAGAUCCCCUGGCUUGCCUUCAUGGCUCUGGGUAUGAAAAGGACUUGGCUGGUAAUGAGGUUCCUCACUUUCUCGCCGUCGUCGGCCCGAUCUGCUGCCCACCAGGAGGGACAGAAGGACCAGAACCCAGCAUGUCGGACCAGUCAGCGUUUGACACAGACGUAUGGACCUUGACCCGGUUCGUCAUCGAGACCGGCCGCCAGGCUAAGGGGGCGACCGGUGAGCUGACCCAGCUCAUUAAUGCCAUUCUGACCGCCAUCAAAGCCAUUUCCUCUGCUGUACGCAAGGCAGGCCUUGCCCACCUGCAGGGCUUGGCAGGCUCAGUGAAUGUGACGGGGGACGAUGUGAAGAAGCUGGACGUGCUGUCUAACGACCUGGUCAUCAACAUGCUGCAGGCCUCCUACAGCACCUGCUGCAUGGUGUCUGAGGAGAACAAGGAGCUCAUCAUCACUCCCAAAGAUAAGAGGGGAAAGUACGUGGUCUGUUUUGACCCUCUGGAUGGCUCCAGUAACAUCGACUGUUUGGCUUCUAUCGGCACUAUAUUUGCCAUCUACAAACGGGUAACAGACGGGGAGCCCACUGACAAAGAUGCCCUGCAGCAAGGAAACAACAUUGUGUGUGCAGGCUACACUCUGUACGGCAGUGCCACCCUGGUGGCCCUCAGCACCGGCGCUGGCCUCAACUUCUUCAUGUUGGACCCUGCCAUCGGUGAGUUCAUCCUGACUGAGAGGAACGUGAAGAUUAAGCAGAAGGGGAAGAUCUACAGUAUAAAUGAGGGCUACGCCAAGUACUUCCACCCCUCCAUCAACGAGUACCUCAAGCACAAGAAGUACCCAGAGGAUGGCAGCGCCCCCUACGGAGCACGUUAUGUGGGCUCUAUGGUCUCUGAUAUUCACCGCACCAUCGCCUACGGAGGGAUCUUCAUGUACCCCGCCAACGAGAAGAGCCCCAAAGGAAAGCUGCGGUUGUUGUACGAGUGCAACCCCAUUGCUUUCCUCAUCGAGCAGGCGGGAGGCCUCGCCACCACCGGCACUCAGAGGAUACUGGACGUUCAGCCUGAAGCACUCCACCAGCGGGUGCCCUUUGUGGUCGGCUCCCCUGAUGACGUCAACGAGUACCUGUCCUUCGUCAAGAAGUACCAGUAAAGCUGCGACAGUUUACUUUAAGAUUAGGAUUAUUUCUGUUGUUUCUGUGAAUGAGAGGCAGACAGGACAGAAGGAAUAAAUCUUGUUUUCUCACAACGCCAAGAAAGUUAUUUUUGGAUCUUAAUGUGUGUGUUCCUGAGAUCAGAAGAUAAUUAUUCAGUCAUUUUUCUGUAAAUGUAUGAGUUGUCAUAUCUCAUGGUCACAUAUCACUAAGUAAUCUUAAUAUAAAAUGAAUUCCUCAUCCAAAUAAUUCAAUCAAAACCAGAUUAGAUAACAUAGACUUCAGCUUCUCCUCGCACCUCUUUUAGAACUAAAUCUCAUGUACUUCUACAUUAAAAAGACAUUAAACUAACAUUUUUCAAAACAAA